AUGCAGUCGCUCACGCAGGAGAUCCAGAGCUUCUCUCGAGCCCGUCUGAAGAAGCAGUGCACCCGGGUCACGUGUCUGAGCGGCCGCCGGAUCAUUGAGACGUGGAAGGGCUCCAGCAUCACGGUGGAGGAGGACCCCGCCCCCACAGGCAGGGCUCUGGGGUACGUCCCCGACACGUCCUGGGACCUGCAGGUGGGGACUGUCAGACCCUACCUGCUGCUGGGCUCCCAAGACGCUGCCCACGACUUCACUACACUCCAAAAACACAAGGUGUCUCACAUCCUGAAUGUGGCUUUCGGAGUGGACAAUGUUUUCCCGGAGCUCUUCAUCUACAAAACCGUCAGCAUUCUGGACCAGCCCGACACAGACCUGACCCUUCAUAUCCAGGAAUGCUGCGACUUCAUCACACAAGCCCAGAACGAGAAAGGUGUGGUUCUGGUCCACUGCAACACCGGCGUGUCCCGGGCGCCGGCAGUCGUGGUCGGGUACCUGAUGUCACAUGACGGCCUGUCCUUUGAAGACGGGCUGUCAUUGGUCAGAACAGCUCGCCCUAACUCGGCCCCUAACCCUGGAUUUAUGGAGCAGCUGCAGAAGUACCAGAGACCUGCAGCCAACGGCCUCCACUAG